AUGAAAUUGCCGGUGCGAAAGUGUUAUUAUGUGGCAAAAGUUAGUUUCUUCUUAAUUUUAGUUUGCUUAAUAUUAAGUUUGUUCGAACAUUAUCGUGGUGGUAAAAGAACUGUUAAAGCGCAGACCGAAGAGCAAAAUGAAUUUGAAAAGCAGAUUCUGGAAGACGAGACCAGGAUUAUUCCCGAUUUGGGAGAAGGUGGUGUGGCAGCACAUUUGUUUGGUGAUGCGAAACGACUUGGGGAGGAAUCUGAGAAGCAACUGGCGAUUAAUGUGUAUUUGAGCGAUCGCAUUCCGUAUAAUCGCUCUCUAGAGGAUCAUCGUAAUCCUGCAUGUAAGCGUGUUUUAUAUGAUGCUGAGCUACCAUCUGCAUCUGUGAUAAUAAUCUUUCACAAUGAGCCAUAUUCAGUGGUUGUAAGGACUAUAUGGAGCGUUGUGAAUAGUGCAAGAAGAAACCAGCCCUGGUAUAGGAGGGUGAACUAUGUUGAUAGGAAUACAGGGGCCAAAAUGAAAAUGGGGUAUCCCGGCCAAGACCCAUCAUCACCGUUUGUAUAUUUAAAAGAAAUAAUAUUAGUUGACGAUAACUCAACAUUACCUGAACUAAAAGGUAAACUUAGUCAUUACAUACGAACCAGGAUUCCACCAGACCUGAUCAAGAUAUUACGGUUGCCUGAUCGGAUAGGAGUUACGCGCGCUCGUUUCGAGGGUAGUCGCAAAGCUACUGGUGACGUCAUGAUAUUCCUUGACUCGCAUUGCGAAGCAAAUGCCGACUGGCUUAGACCGCUCCUUCAGAGGAUAAAGAACAAGCACACAGCCGUUCUAACGCCCAUCAUUGAUAUGAUACAUCAAUCAACGUUUGAGUAUGAGACGGGGAAUGAUUUUGAGUGGCACUUUAGAUUUAACGGCAUUCCUCGCCUGGCCUUCGCUUCUAACGAAGUCGUUUCAUACAGUGUUGGCCUCACACGAGCACGUCUCGCGGGAGCUCGUUACGCGACUGGCGAUACGUUGGUCUUCUUGGACGCGCAUUGCGAAACACAAACCGACUGGCUUAGGCCCUUACUCCAACGGGUCAAGGAUGCUCCUCAUGCUGUAGUGGUACCCAUCAUUGAUGUGAUAGAGGCGGACACGUUUUACUACAGCGUUCAAGACCCGGCUGUGUUUCAGGUGGGAGGGUUCACGUUCAUGGGUCAUUUCACGUGGAUUGAUGUUCCCGAAUGGGAGAAGAAACGGCGCGGAUCAGAUAUUGCCCCUACAUGGUCUCCAACAAUGGCGGGUGGUCUUUUCGCGAUAAAUCGUCAGUAUUAUUGGGAAUUGGGAGCGUAUGAUGAGCAGAUGGCUGGAUGGGGUGGGGAAAACCUGGAAAUGUCCUUUAGGAUUUGGCAGUGCGGCGGUACCCUCGAAACAAUUCCAUGUUCACGGGUUGGACAUGUGUUCCGAUCGUUCCAUCCAUAUGGCCUGCCUGCACACACAGACACGCACGGAAUUAACACAGCCCGAAUGGCCGAUGUGUGGAUGGAUGAAUAUGCUGAAUUAUUUUAUCUCCAUCGACCAGAUUUGAGGAAUAACCCAAAAAUCGGUGACGUGACACAUAGAAAGGUGCUCCGGGAGAAGCUCAAAUGCAAGAGCUUCGCGUGGUAUCUCCAACAUGUUUAUAAGGAUAAAUUUGUGCCCGUCAGAGACGUCUUUGGAUUCGGCAGGUUCCGCAAUCCAUCCGGUCUCUGCCUGGACAGUCUCCAACGCGAGGGCGAAGGCUCUCCUCUCGGCUCUUACCCUUGUCACAACACCCUCGAAGCCACUCAGUACUUCGCUCUUUCACUGAAAGGAGAACUCAGGGACGAGGAAAGAUGCGCUGAAUUGCAAUAUAUGAGACGUGCUCCGGGCGAAAAUGAAGCCAGCAGUCGGCGUGUGCUCAUGGUCACCUGCCACGGCAAACUGAGAGGACAGAGAUGGCGCUACCUGCCCUCUAAACAGCUUCAGCACAUUGAGACUAGCCUGUGUCUGACGUCGCCGAGGGAAGCGGGCGGUGACGUCACGGCGGCCAAGUGUGUGCCGGGUGUGGAGCAGAAAUGGUCCAUAGACUAUACUGAGGAGAAUGACUUUAGACUUGACAAUAAAGGUGAACCGAGUGAACAAGAACUCAGAUUGCAGAAGUUGAGAGGGCAGAGACGCAUCUCCCGUUCUCUAUUAUCAGUGAACGAAACGGACCAACGUCGACACAGAAAGAGCAAAAAGAAGAGGAAGAAGGAUAAGUUUAUACUUAAAUUGGUGAGAAGAGCGAACGGCAGCGAGGAGCAUUUGGAGGUGGAUAUUUAUUGCAAGCAUCGAACCCUGUACCCGAAUAACAGCUUCGUGAGGGACAUCGUCAGCGCGCUCAACGAUAGGGAUAUUACGGUUAUCAACAAUGGGCGUGUGUUCGAAAAACAUCGAGUCUCACCACUCCAUGCGCAUGCGCACGCACAUAAACACAAAUCGCACAAAGAAAUCCAGCCGAAGAAAGUGAAACCGGAUGUUCAAGUGAUUAAAACGAGUAUAACCGAGAAACCGGCUCACCCGGUUAAUACCGCACCGGGCGUGGAGCGGUUGAACCAGGAUAACGAGAAGAAGAUUAUUAUUGAGGAUUUCGUGGAGAUCACUUCGAAGCCCACUCUCCACCCUAAGAGAAAACGAAAACAUCACAAGAAAAUACUACCGAUGAUUAAUAACGAUGUGUUAAAACCGAUAUCGAUUGAGGACUCGCCGUUAGAAGACACAAUGACGUUGCCACGGGCGCAUUCAGAUCCUGAACAACCGGAUGAUAUUUAUAAACGUUACGAUGAGAGCAGCGAUGACGCCGAUGAUGAAAAUAAACCGGAUACAGUUCUAUCACCAACGGAAGACGUUCGUAAAGACUUCCAAAGCGUUGAUGUGUAUGGAACAGAUCUAGGCAAAGCGUCAGAGCGAACGUCAAAAUUGACGGAAGUGACGGAUGAUAGUUUGCGGAUGAAGCCGGACGCGGGAGUGACAGAUGACAGUCUGACAUAUGUCAAAGGUGACACAAAGAGAUACAAAUUAAUGAGUGCUGAUGAUAAUUUGAUUAAAAAUUAUGAUAAACUACGCAGUGAGGAGAGCUUCGCUAAGGGGACGCAGAUACAGUCGAACGACGGUCGUCCCGUCCGUCUGGUGAUGAGAUCGAAUCUGACUUUCAACAUCGGUGAUGAGUUCUUCAACUGGAAGUUGGACGCCGAUGAUGUUGCUAAUCUUCUCGGCGAGUUGACAAUGCCGAAUAAAACCACGGAACGCCCACCAACCACCAGAACGGCUCUGCUGGACUCGUCUUCCGAGAGUUCCAGCCAAGAGGAGUGA